AUGAGCACUAGAACCGAUCCAGAAUUCGAAGCUAACCCAGAGAUCGAUCAUACUUUUCGCACAAGGGCACACCAGAACAGAGCAUGGCGUAGAAGAAUCAAUAUGGCAGACAACAACAACAAUGAGGCACCCGAAGGAAAUCAAGGGGUAAACCGGCCAGUGCAAGAUCCUGUUUUUCUUGCUGCCGACCACAAUAUCCCAAUAAGGAACUAUGCGGCGCCCAAUCUCUAUGACUUCUCGCCUGGAAUUUCACGCCCAAUAGUUGAGGAAAAUGCACGUUUCGAGAUAAAGCCGGUCAUGGUCCAAAUGAUACAAAACAUGAGGCAGUUCGAAAGUCUACAAUGUGAGAACCCUCAUGCCCAUCUGACCAUUUUUGUCGAGAUGUGCAGUACCUUCUCCAUUCCUGGCAUAACUCCAGUAGGUAUCAGACUUUACCUCUUCCCAUACACCUUGAGGGAUAAGGCUAAGAGGUGGGCUCAUUCAUUAGAGGCAAAUGAAAUAACGUCCUCAGAUCAGUUGGUGGAAUGGUUUAUGAAGAAGUUCUUCCCUCCAGCAAUCAACACAAGAAGACGAAAGAACGUGCUAAACUUCGAGAAAAUGGAUAACGAAACCCUAAGCACCGCCUGGGUGCGAUUCAGAAGACUGGUGAAGAAUUGUCCGCAUAUCGGGAUACUCGAUUGUGUUCUGAUGGAAAUGUUUUACAACGGCCUGAACAGAUCAACGCAAGCCGUUGCUGAUGCCUCCGCAGUAGAAAGAUUUAUGGAUAAAACUUACACAAAAGCCAAGGUCAUCCUUGAUCGCAUCUCGUGGAAUAUGGAUGACUGGGUAGAUGACGGGUACAGAGGAAGAGGCUCUGAGAGAAGAAGAAAUGAUAAUGCCAUUGUAUUUGCGAAUACAAUGACAACUUUAGCCACACAGAUGGCCAUGGUGACCUCUCUUCUACAAUUGAUGGCACUUAAUCAAGGUGUCCACUCCCAAGGAUCAACGCAACCUAAUGCGCCAACACAAGUGGCCGUAAUAAGUUACAUACAAUAUGGAAAGGGCCAUGCAGUAGAAAUGUGCCCAUCAAACCGGCAAAAAGUGUGUGUUAUCCAGAACAAUCCGUACAACAACACUUACAACCCCGAUUGGCGGAAUCACCCUAACUUCGGUUGGGGAUGA